AUGUGCAGAUCACGUGGCUAUAAUCGGGAUUUUCUCUACAACACUCGACCGGACUUUGUCAUGGCGGAUUACAGCAACUACGCCGCGGGCACGCCACCGGACCCGGCCCCCCCCGAGGUCCCUAUUCGGGGGCCCUCCCACCACCACCCGCUCCUGGCGGCGUCGCGUCGGGCGGGCGGCGCGCCCCCGGCCUCCAACAGCACGGGCGUCGGAGGCCCUCCCUCGCCGCACUACCAGGACCACCUUCAGGACGACACGUACCAGCAGCCCAACUCCAACGUCUUCCUCUCUCAAGAGUACUUGAUGAGCGGAGGCAGCCCUCGCUACGGCACGGGGACGGCGGCCAAGAGUCCAGGUGCGGGGGGGGCUGUGCUCUACGGUCCUAGCACUACCCCAGACUACCUGUCUAUUAACAACUCCCAACCCAGCAGGAUCCUGGGCACCCUCGGCUCUCAGAAGGGCUCCGUGGCGCCGGGAACUCUGCCGACUCUCCCCGCCGUCAGGAACGACCUGCCCCUGGGCUCCGCCGGCUCCUUCUCCGGCCGGGGGCUCCACCUGGGCAAGACGUGGCGGGAGAGGUGCUCCUGGCGAUGCGCCGCCAUCGGACUCAUCCUCCUGUGCGCGACGCUGGCGGCGCUGCUGGCCUACUUCGCAGCCGUGGCCAGCCUAGACAGCGGGACAAAAGGCUGUAUCGUCGUCGAAGAUCCGGCUCGAGUCAUCGCCGCAGGAGCCGAGGCAGCCGACGCGGAGACGACCACACGACCUACGCAGACUUACUCUCCCCCGCUGACCACCACCCUGGCCCGCGCCCCGAAGACCGACGCAGGGACGACCGAACUGACUCGCCUUCGGGAACUGAACCGCCGCUACGUCAACAAGAUCCCGCCACGAGGCUACUGGAACGCGCAGUUCGACGUGAAACAGCUGAUGUUCAUGAGAUUCAACUUAACCGUUCCUCGCACCGCGCAUCUGGCUAUCUUCGGGCGUCGGAAUGUGGCUCCGUCUAUCACGCAGUACGACUUCGUUGAGUUUAUCAAGAGUGGUCGUCCGGGACGUGCCAAGAGGGAAGCUGAUUGGGCCACCUCCGAAGAACCGGUGACGGAGGCGAUGGUCGUGACGUCACCAACACCGAGUCUCCAGGAUGUCAUUGAAGUCUAUCCCUUCUUGCACGACCGCCACCUCAACCUCAAACUCGGCCUCCAAGGCGCUCUCAAGGACGACCUCGAUGCUAUGACCAAGGCGGAGGACGGAAGUGAGCCUGAGGACCGGGAGACCGAGGUGAUGGAGGAGCCACUAGCAUUGCCUUCUCUCUCACGGCCUCGGCGCUACAUUCACGACCGCAGCGUCAACUUGAGUCUGGUGGAGUACCUGGACACCGGUACCUGGUACUUGGCUAUAUACAAUGACGGAAUCAGUGUAGCGGAGGUGGAGCUCUAUCUCGGCGAGGCUCCGGAGCUUCAGUCGGCGUGCCCCAACGACUGCAGCAGCCAUGGGUCAUGUGUGCUGGGUCGCUGCGAGUGCGUCCAGGGCUGGAUCGGCGUCGACUGCUCCAAGAGUGUGUGCCCCAUGCUAUGCAGUAACCACGGCACGUAUGGCGGCGGGCUGUGUCAUUGCGAAGUGGGCUGGAAGGGGCGCGAGUGCGAUGUGCCAGACACGGAUUGCGAGGUGCCAGAUUGCGGUGGGCACGGCACUUGCGUCGCUGGGCAGUGCCGGUGCCAGCCUGGGUGGAAGGGCGACCACUGUGAGAUUGUGGACUGCGUGGACCCGACGUGUGGAGGACGGGGCUGGUGCGUGGAGGGCCGCUGUGUGUGCAAGGCCGGGUGGACUGGGAAUAACUGUUCCACCGUGGACGAGAAAGUGUUCACGUGUUUGCCCGACUGUUCAGGCCACGGCCACUACGACCUCCACACCUCCGCCUGCGUCUGUGACACCUACUGGACAGGACCCGAGUGCGGCGAAGCCCGAUGCAGCCUGGAGUGUGUACAUGGAGAGUGUGAUAAGGGAGGCUGUGUAUGUGACAAGGCCUGGACAGGUGACCGCUGCGACCAGCUGGCGUGUGACCCUCGCUGCAGCCUACACGGUCAGUGCCACAACGGAACCUGCGUCUGCGUGCAAGGCUGGAACGGAAGGCACUGCACUAUUCCUGGAUGUGUGAACGGAUGUUCGGGCCACGGCAUGUGCACCACCGUGGACAGGCAAUACAUGUGCGAGUGCUCGGCCGGGUGGACCGGACCCGACUGCUCCGUGCAGCUGGAGACCGACUGUGACGACGAAAUUGAUAACGACGGAGACGGGCUCUUCGACUGCUCGGACUCCGAAUGCUGUUCGACCAAGGCAUGCACGGACCACGUCAUGUGCAUGGUGUCCAGCGAUCCUGUAGAAGUCCUCCUGAGGAAGCAGCCUCCUGCCGUGACCGCCUCCUUCUACCAGAGGGUUAAAUUCAUCAUCGAAGACUCGAGUGUCCAGAGUUUCGCGCAGAAGGACGAGUAUAGCGAAAGGCGUGUGGCAGUGAUCCGCGGGCGUGUAGUGACUCCCCAGGGCCAGGGCAUCAUCGGCGUCCGGACCAGCGUCGAUAAGGAAUCCCGCUUCGGCCUCACCGCCACCAGGAAGGGAGGAUGGUUCGACGUCCUGGUGAACGGAGGCGGCGCCGUGACCCUGCAGUUCCAGCGGGCGCCCUUCGAGCCUCUGACCGUCACAGUGCCAGUGCCAUGGAACCAGAUCGUGGUGUUGGAUCCCAUCGUCAUGAGGCUGAAGGGCCAGGAACCUCAUGAAGACCAGCAGCAAAGGAAGGAUGAGUACCUGGCGCACACCGUGGGAGGGGCGCCACACCUGCCUGUCGUCUUCACCGAGACUCAGGUGGUACAGGAGUCCCUACGUAUCCCCGGGAGCGAGCUGCACCUGCUGUACCACUCUAGCAGCGUCUCCGGGUACUUGUCGACGCUCCUCCUUCAGCUCACCCCGGAGACGGUACCUGCUGCACUCUCCAUGGUGCACCUCAAGGUGACGCUCGAAGGUUCUGUGUUCGAGAAAGUGUUCGAAGCCGACCCGAAUAUCACCUACACCUUCGCCUGGAACAAGAGGAAUGUGUAUAAGCAAAAGGUCUACGGCGAGGCUACGGCACUGGUGGCAGUCGGAUACGAGUACGUCACGUGUUCGGGCAUCCUGUGGGAGACGCUGACGGCGACGCUACACGGCUUCCACAUGGAUAUUUCCGACGUGGGCGGAUGGAACCUCGAUAUCCAUCAUAUGUAUAACUUCGAGGCGGGCCUGCUCCAGCGCGGCGACGGCUCCACCCUCAGCUUCCGUGAGGCUCCCCGGCUGGUGACGACCAUGAUGGGCACAGGCACGCAGCGCCCCAUCGUCUGCCGCCACUGCUCGGGACUGGCGCAGGAGGCCCAGUUGCUCACGCCCACCAGCCUCGCCUCGGGUCCCGACGGCUCGGUGUUCGUCGGGGAUUUCAACUUGGUCAGGAGGAUCACGCCCGAGGGACUGGCCUACACGCUCCUUCAGCUGAGGUGA